UACAGUAGGUAUUGUGGGGCGAAAUAACGUGGCUAGUGAAUCGCGCGUGCGCUAUUUUCAUAAUAUUAUUUCGUUGUUUUUGUUUCUAGUCUUUAUAAAUUUUUGUGGAAGUUAUUGUUAAAUUUUUUUAUAUAUCGACCUAUACAUAUGCAUGUGUUUUGCACUAACGGAUGAGGUGGACAAAACGCAAAAAGUCCGUGUAAACGUACGUUCAUGUUUAUAUAUUUGAUAGCGCAUAGAUGGCGCACCACACCAGUAUUUCUUUUGGUUUUUGUAUUUUACCUAUCUAUUUGGUUCUUUGCUGAUCACCGCUCCCAAUAUGAUGUCCAGGACGACUCUCCAAUCGCUGGCACCUAGUCACGAGCACAAGUCAGGCACGUCCACUCUCAAUGACUAACUGUGUACCGUAUCUUAUUUAAAUGACCGUCUCUUUGGAGGCAUCAAAUAUUUGUGGAGGUAUUGGUGAAAGGUAUUUUUUUUGGCCAAAUUCGUAUUUACAACUAAGCCCGAAUUCCGACAACAGUAUGUUCAAAUCUCGGUGAAACACCAAAAUAAAGAAAACGUUUCUUCUAAUAGCGGUCGCCCCCUCGCCGCAGGCAAUGGCAAAGCUCAGAGUGUAUUUCUGAAACUGUUGGUUGAAACUGUUGGUCUCUUCAUUUGUGGAAAGACAUCAAGACGCACACCACAAAUAGCUGGAGGAGCUCGUCCAAACACCCAUAAAAAGGGUGUACGCGCCAAUUAUUUAUAUAUGAUAUAUAUCUCGUAAAAUUUAUCGAAACUUCGAAAGCUUAUUACGAGUAAAUAUAAUUUUGUGUUAAUGAGAGCCCUCCAGUAUGGCGUAUCACAAUUCGAAUGGAGGUGCUAUUGGAGGCAAUGGCGCAGUUGGUGGUAGUUCUCGCGGCAUUGUUGGUGAAAUGGGUUCCACUGAAUAUUCCGGUGACGAACGUGACUCGCGGACUGGCGAAGAGAGUCUCAAUACUGAUCUUAACGACAAGCCCAUAUAUCUCCUCGAACAUUUAGCUACCUUUACGGUGAAUAAGGAAUCCGGUAUUGUUUAUCCGGCAGACGGAAUGCGACGGCUAUUACAGUUAGAGAAAACCACUGGCAUAUGGUCACAGAAAAUGCAGUUAUGUUUGGACCACCAAUGGGUGCUUAUAAUGGACUACGAAACUGGGAACAUAAUUGAACGAUUUCCAGCAUCACUUAUUCAGGAACCAACAGCAUUUACGUCAACAGAUACCAUGGAAUUAUAUAAUAAUAUUUUAGUAUUCAUUGUAACUGGCGGAAAUGGUUCACGUUCGGAAAUGCAUAUAUUUCAGUCACAAAGUGUAUCUGCCGUGCAUUUGGUUGAAGACUUAAAAAGUCUGAGAAAUGGCAAAAUGGUUACACAACACCGAGAGGAUUUAUUGCAACAACAGGAGACACAACAGUAUCAGCUCAGUCAAAAAAGCAGUGGUUUAUAUAAGCCAUUGUCUGCCUGCACCGUCUUACAAGAUCGUAGUGAGCAGCACCCUCACCACCACAGUGGUAGUGUUAUUAUGCCGUCCCGAAACGGUAUGGAUCAAUAUGGAUUACAUAUCCGUAGUCAUAUGGCAGAAAGUAAUCACACAAGUGGAGGCGGGGGCAGGAAUUGCGAAACAGAUUCCGAGCAGGGAGCACUAAAUGACGAGACCAGCUCCACUUCCAGUGACAAAUACGAACGCGAUGUUACUGUAUUGAAUCAUUGCUUUGAUGACAUUGAAAAAUUUAUUGCACGUCUGCAGCAUGCGGCUGCGGCAUCUCGUGAGCUCGAGCGUAGACGGCGUAAUCGCAAAACAAAGAAAAAAGAUCCCGGUGAGGGAUUACUAACACUCCGGACUCGACCACCCCACGAAAAAGAGUUUAUCGAUAUUUUUGCCAAAUUUAAACUUUCUUUCAACUUGCUGGCCAAGUUGAAAGCACAUAUCCAUGAUCCAAAUGCACCCGAGCUGGUUCAUUUCUUAUUUACGCCUUUAGCACUAAUCGUUGAGGCGUCCAGUGAUACUUAUUAUGAGUCCCAAUUGCCCGCACGUGUUAUCACUCCAUUGCUUACCCGUGAAGCCAUUAAUCUAUUAAUUAACUGUGUCACCAGUAAAGAAACUGAACUAUGGCGCUCUCUUGGCGAUGCUUGGAUUAUACCGCGCGACCAAUGGAAAAAUGAUAUUGGCUCAUACCAUCCAGUAUUUAUGGAUGGAUGGUCUCCAGACUUUUUAGUCAUCGAUGAAUUAGAAACACCUAGUACGCCAACAAACAUAAACAAGCGCCAGUUGGAGACUCAAACACAUUUGCAUGUUGCCAAUGUGCCCAACAUUGGCGGUGUGAACGAACGUUCACUUGGAACUAUUAACAAUUUAAGCAGUACAACCCUACAAACAGAACAACCCGAUGAAUAUGAAAUGAGUGCACCAAGUGAAAAGUAUUCUGGUCAUUAUGAACGUGGUAGCGAAAGACUAGUUGCAGUUGGCGUAAUAGGAGGCGUCGCUGAUGGUGGUGCCGGCGAUUUCAGUACACGUAGCGAAAUUUCUAUUGACUCGAUUGAACGAAGUGGUGCGGGCCCACAGAGUUUACCAGUGAACAAUAAUACUCAUAUCCAAGAAAUCUCAAUCGGUAUGCAACAAUUGCGCACACGUGACACUAGAAAUACACUCGGCGUUCGCAAUAUAAAUACGGUUUCCGAAUUCUCUGGUCGUGAUAACACUAUCAAUGAUGAGCAAAUGCUAGAGUCGUGGGUUGAAGACUUGCAAGCGGCUGGUGCUAAAAUCGUGCUAGUCACAUAUCCCCGGACGGCCAACAAUGAUAAAGAGCUUAGCGUCGUGCGUGGUGAAUAUUUGGAGGUGCGCUUCAACUUUUUUCCGAUAGGGAGGGCGAACGACGCAAUAUUUUUUAUUUUUCGCUUGUCAUUUGUAAACUUCAUUAGUAUACAUUUCAUGAUGGAACGCUACACACUUGAGUAACGAUGCAAAUUUUUUAUGAAAAUAAUCGUUCUGUUGCUGCUACUUUAAGAGCAUUACGGCCAUUUUACGGUCCAUUUAACAAGCCGUCCCGUUUUGGGGUUAUGUGAAGUCAUUGGUCUACAGUAACAAGCCGGCGACGAUUUGUGAGCUCAGAGCCAAUAUUGAACGUGAAAUUCCUGGAAUUUCGGCCGAUUUAUGCAAAAGAGUGGUCGAAAGUUCGGUUCAACGAUUGGACUUCGUAAAACGUGCACGCGGUGGUCAUCCAAAAGAAAUCGAAUUUCAUACUUAAAUGUAUUUGUUCAAACUCG